GGUUGGGUGAUGCACUACCGAGGGCUUUUGUGAGUCACUUCUACAUGUAUUUUUGUCCUUUCGUCAGAAUAUAUUAUAUUGAUCGCUUUUUGUUUAAAGCAAAUAGUGGAGCAAGCUGUUCGCCUCUAAAUAAUUCCGAGGUUUCAAGUGCGUUACUAACUGAUUCGAAUACAGUGUGUUGCACAGCAAGAUUGCAAAAUGGCUGUCUUUUGGGUAUUGCAGUUGUUACUUGUUUUUCUAGUUGGUCGUGUUGCAUCUACUCCAUGUGGAGAAGCCCUCACUGGAUCUAGUGGAUUCCUUACCAGUGAAAGUUUUCCGAGUACUUUUCCUCGAAACUCGGAAUGUGCCUGGAAUAUCACAGUUCCUGUUGGGCAAAUUAUCAGACUAACUUUCCUCAACUUCUCAUUGGAACCAAAUCAGAAUACUGACUGUACAAACACUCUUGGAGGGGGCCGUUUGUUUAUUACUAAUGUUGCAUCAGAUGAUGGCGAAUCACAAUUCAAGCUUUGUGGUCAAAACAUUCCUAAUCCAGUGUACUCUGUCGGAAAUUUUGUCCAAGUGAGCUUGCUGUCACUCAACGUUGAACUCGCAGGGUUUAAUUUGACUUAUGAGGCAAUCUCUCCUCAGGAUGUGUGUCCCACACUGGUCCAGCUGAGUGAAAUAUCCGGUGUCAUCACCAGUCCUUUCUACCCCAGAAAAUACCCAAACAACCAGAACUGCACCUGGCAAAUCACAGCCAACAAUGGAAGCCGCAUCAAACUAGAAAUUUCAGACACCAUGGACAUCUUUGAGUGUGGUUUUGGAAGAUGUGUGUGUGACUAUCUGGAAAUCCAAAAUGGUUACUCCAGUGAUGGAGCUGCAAGUGGGAAAAAGUGUGGUACACCCAUUAAAGUGUUAACAUAUUACUCAACUCUUGACACCUUGAAUCUUCGUUUCUUCUCGGAUGGUGCUAAUGAGAUGCAAAGUGUGGGAUUUAAAGCAACUUAUACUCAGUUGAACUUCACGCCACCUGUUUGUCCAAAUCAAGCAGUACCUCUCACUGGUAACGGGAAAUUCAGCAGCCCAAACUACCCCAUAGAUAAUUAUCUUCCUUCCAAGUUUUGCACCUGGAGUAUUUCUGUUUCAGCUGGUAAACGUGUGAAGUUUGCAUUCACUGAUUUCGCCCUUGGUUCAUGUUCGCUUGAAUGCAGUUCAGACACCUGUACUUAUGUGGAAGUUUAUGAUGGACCUUCAGAAAGCUCUCCUUUGUUGGCACGUUUCUGUCAUGGCUCUGCUGAGGAAGAGAAGGUUUCAAGUGGAAACCAGAUGUUUGUAAAGUUCCAUGCUGGCUUUUCACUUGGUCGGGGUUUUGAAGCACGGUAUUCUGAGACUCAAUCAACAACCGGAGCCAUGGUGUCUGCUACUGUGUUGUCUGUUUCCCUUCCAAUCUUGGCUACCACCAUGUUUUGGCCCUGAAGAAAUGUUAACUCAUAAGUGUCACAAGCAUCUCUGCUGGAUUUUAACAGAUUAGCUAAAUUUCAUGGGUAAAUGUCCUCAGUGAACUUGUUACUUUUUAAGAAAGCGACAAAAAACAAUAGUUGUUAACCUGAACCUCAUGAGAAGGCUUUCCCUCAACAUGUCACUCCAAACAUUAAAUUCACAUCAAUUCUGCUCUAGUCUGACUUUCACGUGAGGUUUUGAUGCAUUUUAGCUGUAGUUUUUAGACUAGAAUAGUUCAAUUUAGAUUAGUUAGAGAACAUAAUUCACAGAAAUCAUGAUGGUCACUCAUGUGAGUCGCUUGUUCCUUGUUUUUGAGGAAAAAGAGACUUGACAAGAAGAUGUAAAUAUUUAAUCGAGUUAAAACACGAACUGCUCGCGGCAGUUUCUAGUAAUUGUCUGUCUUUGAGCUAAAAUCAAAGUUAUCACUCUGACCAAUCACAGCGAUCAAUGCGGUGAACCAAUCAGAACUGGAUGCACAAACGAGUACCCAAUGCCAAGCGCAGGAAAACAUGCAGCCGGUGUCGAGCGCGGGAAAACAUGCAGCCGGCGUCGAGAACAGGAAAACAUGCAGCCGAUAUCAAGCGCGGGAAAACAUGCAACGGGUGUCAGGUGCGGGAAAAAAUGCGGCCAGUGCCAAACUGAUUGACUAAAAACAACAGCAUGUUAGCUCUGAUUGGUAAGAACACUUAUUCGAAAUUUUGAACCAAUAACAAAAACAAGGAAAAAAGAGAUACAUAGCAGAAGGCAAUAGUGCAAUGUUACAUUUUUAGAACACAGUUCGUAAACCGCUAGAGUAUAGUAAAUUGGAAAUCAAACAACUAAUCUGCAGAUCAUGUCAAAUCUUGAUCAAGCAGAUCGAAUGGUCGAUGUCUUUAAUUCGUCAUUUCCAAGCUUAAAACCUAUUUAAUCAUUACUGGCGUGCAUCAAAAUAAAAUCCUGUAGUGGAUGA